CUGCGACUGCAGCUGCGCCUCCGCCGCCGCCUUCUGCUACCAAAUAUGGCGACCCGCCCAUUCCGAACAUGCCAGAAAACCCAACACUAGACACUGCACCGGCCGCCAGCACUGCACCGGCCGCCAGCAACAUGGCAGUCGAGCCUCCCGAGCUCCCCGAACUCGACGACUUCGGCCUACCCGUGAGGAAAUACAACCACGCGGAACGGUCAAAGGGGAAGACGAAAGAAAAACCCACCCAGAAAAGACCGAAAAGCCCAACAAGCCCAAAGGCCCCUGUUGAGACAGAGGCAACCCAAGAUGCUGCUGUCGAUGCGCAUACAACGUCUCAUGGUAGCAGUCAAGCGUUGAAAACUGCCGAAGACAAGGAAAAGGAUAAGAGCAAGGCAAAGGACGUCGUGCCCGAAAAUGGCGACGGCACCGAAUCAGGCAGCGACGAACACUUUAGCGAUGCCGUGUCUCGGAGCGAGAGCGUCGAGGAUCUCAACGGGCCUCGGACGCCCAUGCCCCAGGCAAGAAAAGCCAGCACGAGCACAAACAUAGCGACACCUACAACAAAACCCCCAGUCGAGCCGUCACAGGACAAUGAGCAGCCCCCAGGCGCCGAGUCCGAAGACACCAAACCACAGACCAAGCACGGGACCGAACUAUCGGCUCCGGCGUCAAGCACCGAGAAGCCGGUAGAGGAAAAGCCUGCAAACCAGCCGGACCAGGCCAUUUCCGAGUCCAAGAAAGAUCAGACGGGGCCAUCGGGCCGCAGCCGCAACAGGAGCGAUUUAAGCACCGGCGGCGCGCCCAGCGGCGUGGGCUUGGGUAUGGGCAUUUCCGAGUUCUCGCACCAGCAACUCACCACACACAAGCCCGAAGACGGCGAAAGCAAGGAUGGUGACGAAUGGCAGACCAUGCCCGCCUACGCGCCGUUCGACCUGUAUAACGAUGACAAUAAGCUGAUCGCCAAAGAGUACGACGAGUCCGAGGUCAAGGACGAAACGUACGGCUAUGCCGGGCUGGGCGGGGCUGGCAAGGGGUACACGAGGGUUCUGCUGGAUGACGACGCCGAGUCUGCCACUAGCAUGGACGAGAACACGCAGUACCUCUUCAAAGACCAGGGAGGUACGACUAGCAUAGCCGCAGAGGACGAAGAGAGCCAGCGUGACGCUGUGAGCCAGCUGCAAGCCACUAAGGACCUCCUUACCGAGGGCCAGAGGAUUGCCUACGUGGGCCUGACGCGCCUGGAGCUGUCCGCCAUGCUAACGGAGGCCGAGACCCUGAAACACUCUAGCAGAACCAAGAAGCAGCUGGCCAUAGCUGCCGAGAGCAUGAAGAUGUGGAGCCAGAAGAUGAUGAUCCGGCUGUAUACCCACAUGGAUAUCAGCCCAGCCGAGCAGAUCAUGAUCGAGCAGCUCAGCUCCCACGGGGUCUUGCCCGCAGACCUGACAUCCCUGCUGAUGGCAAACGCCCGUGUGAAGAACCCCAUGGCUGCGGACCAGGACAAGAAGUCGCCCUCGUUGUCGGGCCAUUCGUCCCCACGGCCGGCCUCAAUAGUAACCCCCGAGGCAGAGCAGGCUGCCGAGCCGCCUCCGCCCUACUCGGCCAACCCCGACUCGGAGCUAACCGAGCCCGUCAGGACGCCGUCGCAGAUGCCCACCACCCAGAAGAUCGAUAUUGAUCUGCGGUGGACCGUGCUCUGCGACUUGUUUCUCGUGCUUAUCGCCGAUUCCGUCUACGACGCAAGGUCCAGAGUGCUGCUCGAGAGGGUGAGCAAGGACCUUGAAAUACCGUGGAUCGAUAUCUGCAGGUUCGAGAAGAAGGUUACAGACGCGCUGGAGAUACAGCAAAACGCUGAAAAGGAAAACUGGAACGAGGAUGAGCACAUGGAGGCGCGCCGCAAGCUGGCUCUCAAGAGGCGCUACGUGAUGAUGGGCCUCGCUACCGUCGGCGGCGGUCUGGUCAUUGGCUUGUCGGCGGGCCUGCUCGCUCCCGUGAUCGGCGCUGGCCUGGCCGCAGGUUUCACCACUAUCGGAGUCACCGGCACGACCGGGUUUCUCGCAGGCGCGGGGGGCGCUGCCGUCAUCACAUCCGGAGCCGCAGCGUCGGGCGGCAUUAUCGGCGGCAGGGCAGCCGGCCGGAGGACCGGCGCAGUUAAAACGUUCGAAUACCGGCCGCUGCAUAACAAUAAGCGGGUAAAUCUGAUUGUCACUGUGUCCGGGUGGAUGACAGGCAAGAUCGAUGACGUCCGGUUGCCGUUCAGCACGGUCGACCCCGUCAUGGGCGACAUAUACUCUGUUCUGUGGGAGCCCGAGAUGUUGACCAGCAUGGGUGAUACCAUCAACAUCCUUGCAACAGAGGCUCUCACACAGGGACUCCAGCAGCUCCUUGGUAGCACCGUCCUUGUCUCUCUCAUGGCUGCGCUCCAACUGCCUGUGGUGCUCACCAAGCUUUCUUACCUGAUCGACAACCCGUGGGCAGUCUCCCUAGAUCGCGCCACCAUGGCGGGUCUCAUUCUGGCGGACUCGAUCAUUGACCGCAACUUGGGCACGCGUCCAAUUACUCUCGUUGGCUACUCCCUCGGCAGCCGCGUCAUCUUCUCUUGUCUCCAAGAGCUUGCCAAGAAGGGCGCGUACGGUCUGGUACAAAACGUAUUUCUAUUUGGUAGCCCCAUGGUUGUCAAGCAUGACGAAUACAUUCGCGCGCGCACCGUGGUGUCUGGACGCUUUGUUAACGGGUACAACCGCAACGACUGGAUCUUGGGCUAUCUUUUCCGCCUCACCAACGGCGGCAUCAGACGUGUUGCCGGCCUCGCUGCAAUUGACGACAUUCCCGACCUCGAGAAUAUGGACGUUUCAGAGUUUGUAGUGGGCCACAUGGACUACCGGACAGCAAUGCCUCGACUUCUACGCGAGAGCGGCUGGCUGGUGGAGAGCGAUGAGUUUAGCGAGAUAGAGCCAGAUCCAGAAGACCACAAAGAGAGGCAGCGCGAGUUGAUCAACGAAAUUGAAGAGGCGAGGAAGGAGCUAGAGAAAGAGGGAAAGAGGGGCAAGACCUCAUUCAGCUUCUGGAGGAAGAAGAAGGCAUUGCAGAAGCAUGAGUGGGAGCUAUACGAAGAGUCCAAUAAGUCCGGCGCCAACGCCAACGCCAACGCCAAGACCGAGGACCUAGAGGGGCCCAACCAUGGCGUGCUGUUUGACGUGGACGCCAUUCGCGCCGAGCUCGCAAAGGAGCAGCAGGAGCAUGAAAAGGACGGGAAUCUAGGAGAGGAGAUGCUCCAGGUUAGGGAGAUCAAGAGUACCCUCCCCCCCAUGAAGCUCGACCUGUCUCCUAAACCCGGCCCACCGCCACCGACGCGGUCGCCUAGGAGCAGUAUACGAGAGACGAGGAGCGCCGAAGUCGUGCCGCCGCUCCGGUCGUCGACGGAAUAUAAACCACAACCUCACCAUGAACGCCAGCCGUCGAGCAGCCGCCUCGCAAACGAGCAGCGUCUAUCCCUGGAGCGCACGCCCACGUUCCCCGCUGCCAAGCCCGGCAGCGACUACUACCACCAGUUCGGCAGCGGGUUCGGGAGCGCCGGCAGCAGCAACAACGGCAUGGCGCUGCACGGCGACUACACCCACGACGAAGAAGUGCAGAUGACGUUCGACACGGCAUUCGACGACAGCGGCCACGACAAGGCGUCGUCGUCGUCGGUGCCGUCCGCGGUGCCGGCCCCGCUCUACACGCUGCCAGACGACGACGCCAAGUCGUCGUUUUCCACGUCGGCUGCCCUCCGCGGCUACGGCCACAACCGCCAGUUCUCGACGUCCAAGUCCGCGGCUGGAACGGCAAGACCCGAGAUCAAGUCGGCCCAGACGGUGCCAAACAUCACGCUUGCGGACCCCUGGGCAGAUGAGGACGAGGACUUUGGCAAGGAAAAGGAAAUCUCCAUGACGUUUGCUUGAAGGAAUGAAGUCGGACGACAACGGGGGUGGGGGGGC